AUCGCACAGGAGAGGGCGAAGUUGCAUCCUGAUGAGGGCGAUCGAAUACAGAACGACACGGCUGAUCUACAGACAUUACUUUUAGCGGGGAACCUUGCUCCGGUUGUCGCUGCUAUACAGCCUACGCUGCUGCAGCGGUCGGAGCUCGUUGUCCGAUUAGGAGCGCAUAGGACACACAGGGAGGACGCGACGCCUGACGCACCUGAGGGAGGAGAGGACGCCCCACGUGUUGGGGAUGCUCUGGGUGAGGACGAGCUUCGAAGAUGCACCGUUUUGCUUGGAGCGGCGGUCGAGGAGCUCGGGGCGACUGUACGUUGCGGGCUUAUGAGCUGUUAGUGAUCGUCCCUCACGGACGAGCAGAUGGCUACCCUCUCCUCGUCGCCUACUAGCGCGUACCUCCUCCUCCGCCUUCCUUCCGCCACGCUCGAGCGUAUCCCUGAGCUGCGCGUCGCUUGCGUAGGGAAUGUCGAUUCGGGCAAGUCGACUACUCUUGGUGUGCUCACUCGGGGAUUCUUGGAUGACGGGAGGGGGAAGGCGCGUGUGGCGCUCUUCAGGCAUAAGCACGAGAUCGAGAGUGGACGAACUAGUUCAGUAGGGAUGGAGAUCCUUGGGUUCUCUGCCUCUGGCGAGCCUGUCUUCCCCUCUGCGGGGAUGGAGACCGCCGCUUCCUCCGCUGCCAAACGCGAAAAACUAGGGUGGGACGACAUCAUCCGCAAGUCUGCCAAGAUCGUGUCCUUUAUCGACCUGGCCGGACAUGAGAAGUACCUCAAGACGACGCUGUACGGGAUGACCAGCCAGAACGCGGACUGUGUCAUGCUUAUGGUCGGAGCGAACGCUGGGCUGAUAGGGAUGAGCAAGGAGCACCUGGCGAUCGCCCUUGCCCUCAGCGUGCCGGUCGUUAUUGCCAUAACGAAGAUUGACAUGACUCCGGCUAAUGUGCUCGAGAGCACGGUCAAGAGCGUAGUGAAGAUCCUCAAGAGCCCCGGGUGCAGGAAAACACCCGUGUUCGUCAGGAUCAGGGAGGCGGCAGUGGAGAUCAGCCAGUCGUUUAUCAAGGACCGGAUAUGCCCGAUAUUCCUCAUCUCGAACGUCUCCGGCCAGGGGCUGGAUCUCCUGAGGACGUUCAUCAAUCUCAUCCCUUCUAGCAUGGGGGACGAGGAGAAGUACCUCCUCGAUGCGCCAUUCGAGUACGCAAUCACCGAACUCUGGUCAGUACCCUACGUCGGCACCGUCGUGAACGGGACUAUCAACUCCGGUUCUAUCCAUGCGGGGGACACAGUACUCCUAGGACCGGACGGACACGGCGCCUUCGGGAACGUGACUGUGAAGAGUAUCCAGCGGAAACGGGCUACGGUGGACACGGCUGAGGCUGGGCAGAGCGUGAGCUUCGCUCUGAAGAGAGUGAGGAGAGGAGCUGUGAGGAAAGGCAUGGUCAUCGUUGCGAAGACGGAUGGACCUCCGCCGCAUGCUGUGAGGCGGUUCGAAGGCCAAGUCCUUAUCCUUUACCACAACACCACUAUGCAGCGGAACUACCAAGCGAUGCUGCACUGCGGUGCCGUACGGCAAACGGUGCGAAUAGUGAGUAUCGACCAUCCGCAGGGCCUGCUCCGGACAGGAGACAGAGCAACGGUGGUGUUCGAAUUUGUCGUCGGGCCUGAGUUUCUCAAGGUGGGCAUGAAGCUCCUUUUUAGGGAGGGGAAGACGAAGGGCUUGGGAGUGGUCACUAAGUUACUGUGAAUGUUUGCUCAUGAACUUGGAAUGACUGGCAUGUAUGACUGAUAUUGUAUGGGAUUUUCGUGUAUGACUACUACAGUAUGUAAGAAUGAAUGUUGUU